AGUGCUGCGGUGGAUGGACAUUGGGGUGCGACUCGGAGAAUGAUUGAACGCUGCCGUCCGGCCGGCUCUGAUAAAGGCUCAAUCUGCAGUACUGUACAGUGGGCGCGUGCCGGGUAUAUUUAGCUCGCAAGCCUGGCAGUGCCCGCGUAUCGUGAAAGCGCACUACGGCACGCACUGUAUACGUAAUGCGCUGGCCGCUGCGAGAGUGCGCAUAGCGGAGGCUGCUCGGGAGGCGGGAUCCUCGGUGUAGGAGGAGGCUGCUGCUGCUGCUGUGUGCGCGCGUCAGUCGGCUCGUGGAUGUCACCGCUGUAGACGCUGCACAAUAGCGCGUCUCGGAGCGCACGCACGCACGCACGCGCGCGUCAUCCAUUCAUUCAUUAUUCGUUCAAUCCUGUGCUCCCGUUUCAUCCCCGGUUCGUACGCGUGAUUAUGAAGGGCGACUGCGGUGUGGGCAAGAGGAUUGGACUUGGCCGCAGCAGCGUGUGAAGGAGGCAAGGGGACGUGGCUUGCAGGAUUUUAUUAAUUACAUUCUUAUUUUGAGAUCGGUGUUCGCACACACAUCGGCGAGCAACACACACGCACGCGCGCGCGCACGUGCAUACAUACACCCACGGUUACACACACACACACGAGCAGACUUAAAUACAUACAAGAACGUACACAUACACGGCGCGCACAUCCACACCGCAGGGACACGCUAACACACACGCCCGCACACACACCAGCAAACACACGAACACACACACACGGCCAGACACACACACACACGGGCAUACACAAACCGGCAAACACACGAACACAUACACACACACUGGCACACAGACACACACAGGCGUUUACUAGACAGGCAUACGCGGGCACAUACACUCGCGCACACACACACACAGACGGGCACACCAUCACACACGUUGCACGACAGUGAUUGACGCGCUAAGAGAGACGCAUCUCAUACGCCACCGGGAGAGUCGCUAGGAAGAGAGAAGAAAGAGGAGGGGAGAGAGGGCGGUGGGUGAAGGGAGCCGCUGAGAAGAGGAGAUCAGAGAGAAACAGAAGAAGGGGAGGAGGAGGAGGCAUCAUGAUCGGCGUGUUCCUCCUGGGAUGUGCCUUCUUCCCGGGGCUUUUCGUGGCGCUGCGGGGCUGGCUCCAGCAGCAGCUGGGAUGCGGACGGGGCGAGGCGGUGAUUCUGAGCGCCAGGCUGGUGUCCGUGGUGCAGGCUCUGAUGGCCAGUGCGUCCGGAUACAUCAUCGUGUGCAUGUGCCAAGAGGACGUCCUCUAUGACCGGCACUGGCUGGCGACGUGGUACGUGUGGUUCGCCACCCCCUACUUCCUCUACGACGUCUGCGCGAUGUUCCUGUGCCACUGGCACCGGCGAGCCAUGCGGGAGGGCGCCGGCGCCGCGCGCGGUAACGGCCCUGGACCAGACGGAGGCGGGCGGACCAAGUCCCGAGCCCUGCUGUGGGAUCAGCUGGUGCAGACGGCGCGGCAGUUCCUGGCCAAGGAGACGCUCAUGGUGAUGCACCACGUUGGGGUGUGCAUGCUCUGCUUCCCCGUGUCCACGAUGAUGAGGGGAGAGCUCGGGGACUUCUUCCAGGGCUGCCUCUUCAUGGCCGAGGUCAGCACGCCAUUCGUGUGCUUCGGCAAGAUUUUGCUGCAGUUCAAGCAGCAGGGCACGCUGCUCUUCAAGCUGAACGGCGCGCUCAUGCUCGCCACCUUCUUCCUCUUCCGCCUGCUCGUCUUCCCCUACAUGUACUGGGAGUACGGGCGGCGCGUGGGCCUCUCCGUCUGGGCCGUGCCCUUCUCGCUGCCGCUCGUCUGCAACGUCGCCGCCACGCUGCUGCUGGCGCCGCAGCUCUACUGGUUCAUCCUCAUCUGCCGCGCCGCGGCCUCCCGCAAGGGCAAGGGCUUCCGGGGGCCCCCGCCGCCCCCGCCCCCCGCCGGCGCCGUCGACCCCGACGGGGCCUCGUGGGGGGCCCCCGCCGACUCGUGGGAGGGGGCCGCCGCCGCCAACGGUCCUGACAAGCGGCCCGAGGAGGUGCCGAGGCCGUGCGGCCACAAGGCCAAGGAGGCGAUGGACUAACGGGCGGGCCGAGGUUGGCCCGACGGACGGCGCCUGUGGCGUCGGCACGCUCGCGCCGGGCGGGAUGUGGGGUUGACUUGCUGGCCGGUCGGUUGAUUUGGUGGAUUGACGAGCUGGUGGGUUAGAGCGCUGGUUGGUGGGUCGGCUGGUGGGCAGGUUGGCUGGCCUGGUGGCGGAUUGGUGGGUUGACCGACUGGCGUGGAGGUUUGUCUGGUUGGUUUUCUGGUUGGUUGGUAGGUUGACUGGCUGACAGGUUGGCUGGUGGAUGGGUUGGUGAAAUAGUCGAUCGGCUGGUCGGAGGGUCAGUGGGUUGGUGGGUUGACUGGCUGGUGGGCUAGUGAGCAAGUGGUGGAUGCGGCUGUGAUGGCAGCCUUGACGUGGUGGAGUUGAGGAUGACCUAGUCUGCGGCAAGGUGGCGUCACGGGGUAAGAUGAUCGAGGGGUUCGUGCGAUUUUCGUGAAUAAAUUUUUUUUGUUUUUGAAUAUUCAUCGCCAGCCAUGGUCGAUCCACUGCUGGAUGAAGUCCUCCGCCAUGCCAUCUCCGUCUUCUCACUGCGCGCACGCCGAUUUUUCAUCGCUCGGUCUGUGCAGCGGUGGCUGAACGUCCCUUGGCGGCGGCCACACCAUCGUUACUCUUGGCGACCGGCCGUCGGGAUAAUUCGGCGUUUCUUUUUCUUUAUUUACACAAACCACUACGCCUGCGUGUUUCGCGUCCUAUUUAUAUUUAUUUACCUGCUCGGUUUGGGCUCCCUCUCUCUCUCUCUCUGUCGUGGACGAGCACAGCACCGCGCCCGCUCAAUGUGAGCGAGCCCCUCGCUUGCCGUCACGGUGAACCGCGCGUGUCCCCCACCCCCCCCCCUCAUCCGAACGGUGAAACGCGCCGCCGAGUGGCGAGGCCGACUCGUCUCUCACGCAGGGGGCGCCAGCGUCCCUCGGCCCCACGCCACGAAGCCACGAGCUUCGACGGCUCGUGGAUGGCAUCGUGCGAAUAUGGGAGGAUGUUUUAGGUGGUCGUUCUCUUGAGUUGGGUCGUGUAUCUGGUUUGUUCAGGGCUUUACGUUGUUUUGUUUUUU